CUCCCGCAGGUGACGGGGGGCCCAGCGGCCGGUUUCCUCCUCCAAGCCCUGGGGGCGGCCAGCGACGCCCUGGAGCCGCUGUGGCUACCGGAAGAACCGGGGGGGCUACCAAGAAAAGACCCCCUCCCCGGCACCUGGGUCUCGGCCAUGUUGGCCCAACCUUUGGUAGCCUUUGGCUACCACCGGCUCAACGGCGACCGGGCCACCGCCAACCUCCUGCUGGCACUAGCCACCGUGCUAGCCCCCGUGGCCGCCAGGUUGCCUGAGGAGGGGCGGGUGGUGGCCACCCACGCCGUCACGGUGGUCACGGCCACCGGGGUGCUCACGCUGGCCGUCCUGACGGGCAACGGGCCGGCGGCGCUGGGUGGCCUCCUCCUGGUGGCCGGCAACCUGCUGGCGGGGGCUGGUGGCCACCCCUGGGUGCUGGUGGCCGGGAGCCUGGCGCUGGAACGGGGGCUGAGGGAAAGUAAAGCCAGAGCCAGGUUUGGAGUCUUGACUCUUGAUUCUUCUCUCCCCUCCCCGCAGUGCACCAACGGGCACCUGAUGUGCGCCGGCUGCUUCAUCCACCUCCUGGCGGACGCGCGACUCAAAGAAGAACAGGCCACUUGCCCCAACUGCCGUUGUGAGAUCAGCAAGAGCCUCUGCUGCCGCAACCUGGCCGUGGAGAAGGCCGUCAGCGAGCUGCCCUCCGAGUGUGGCUUCUGCAUGCAGCAGUUCCCCCGCUCCCUCCUGGAGAGGCACCAGAAGGAGGAGUGUCAGGACAGGGUGACCCAGUGCAAAUACAAGCGGAUCGGGUGCCCCUGGCAGGGUCCGUACCACGAGCUGACGGUGCACGAGGCCGAGUGCACCCACCCCACCAAAACGGGCAACGAGCUGAUGGAGAUCUUAGACGAAAUGGACCAAACCAGGAAAAAAGAAAUGCAGCUUUACAACAGCAUCUUCAACCUCCUCAGCUUCGAGAAGAUCGGCUACACGGGUAAAUGGGCCACCCCGUGUCCCCAACCCCGUCCUGGAUUGGGGGGACAUCAACGCAUCUCCCCCACCAGAGCAGGUUGCUCCAAAGCCCCAUCCAACCUUGGCCUUGAACCCCUCCAGGGAUGGGGCAACCACAGCUUCUCAGGGGCACCUCAGGGGGCUGAGCUGCAGAAGGCGAAGGAGAAAGCCCAGCGCAGCGGGAACCCGGCGGAGGAGGCGGCGCUUUGUAACCAGCUGGGGGAGAUUUUGGCCAGUCAUGGACGCUACGAGGAGGCUCUGGAGGAGCAUCGGCAGGAGCUGCGGCUUCUGGAGGGGGUUGGGGACAGCAUCGGCUGCGCCGUGGCUCACCGCAAGAUCGGGGAGCGCCUGGCCGAGCUGGAGAACUACGAGGCAGCCCUAAAACACCAACGGAGACACCUGGAAUUGGCCCGAUCCCUCUCGGAUGAGACGGAACAACAACGGGCUUGGGCCACCAUCGGUAGGACCUACAUGUUCGUGGCCGACAGCCGGUCGCCGGAGGAGGCGGCCCCGGCCCUGCGCCAGGCCGAGGAGGCCUUCCUCACCAGUCUGGCCAUCGUGGAGGAGAAACUGGAAGGAACCGUUCCCCACCGGGAGCUGAGGGAGAUGAGGACCCGUCUCUACCUCAACCUUGGGUUGGUCUACGACAGCUUGAAGGAACCGGCCAAGUGCGACCACUACAUCAGGAAAAGCAUCUUCCUCGCCGAGCAGGGCCAGCUCUUGGAGGAUUUGUAUCGCGCCUACUUCAACUUGGGCAACAUCCAGCUGCGGGAGGGGGAGCCCUCGGGGGCCCUGCGCUGCCUGGCCCGGGCCCGCGACUGCGCCCGCAGGAUGAAGGAGAAGGGCCUGGAGAGCGAGUGCUGCGCCAGCACCGGCCAGGUGUUGCUGAGCCUGGGUGAUUUCGGGGGGGCCCGUCGGUCCCUGCGCCAGGCCCACGCUCUGGGCUCCCGCCAGCCCUGGCAGAGACAGCUCGUGCGCUGCAACCUGCGCUACG